AUGUCGUCGCCUUCACGUCCCCGCUCACAAGAGUUGAAUCGCGACACCCCUAACUUGGAGCACGGUUCCCAGGAGGAGGGUGAGAAUGUCGCCCAAGGUGCCAGCCACGAUGAACAUCCCGUUGAGAACGAAACCGAAGCUCCCGUGGUGCCGGUUUGCCACGGCGCACGAAUAGUCGAUUCUGAUGACAGUGACGAUGUUGCGCCUAUAAUGCCACACCCCGAAUCAAUGACGCAUGAACUUUCUCCCAGAGAGUUGGAGGCAAUCUGCCUAAAUGACGAACUGGCUACGUCGAAUAUAUUUCCGGGUGAAAGUGAUCUUCGGAAAUGUUGGAUUUGCUAUACCGACGAAUCGGAAGAUUCGCCCCUAAAUAAAGAAUGGCGGUCUCCGUGUCCAUGUGCAUUAAGCGCGCAUGAGGCAUGUUUACUAGAUUGGCUCGCGGAUAUGGAAAAUACGGAAGGCCCCAACAGGAACCAGGACGGGGCCAUGCUGCUUUGCCCUCAGUGCAAAUCGGAGAUUCAUAUGUCACGACCGAAUAGCCUGAUUCUGGAUCUCGCGCACAAGUGUGAGGGCAUGCUUAACCGCCUGGUACUUCCCGGAGUAGCAUUCACUUUGGUAGGGACUGUUUGGGCUGGAUGCUGUGCCCAUGGUGUAUACUCGAUGUACCUUAUUUUCGGCAGAGAAACUACAAUACGGUUGCUUGAAGAAGCUGCGCAGGGACCUUUGGGUAUUCGCCUAAAUCUUGGCCUUCCGUUGAUACCAAUAUCAUUGAUGUUCUCGAGAACUCAAUAUGCUGACAGCUUACUACCUGUGAUUCCUGUUUUGUUUUUCGCAGCACACCAUCCCUACCACCAGGAAAUGGACCUUCAGCUAUGGCCACCAAGUGCAUCCAUGACAUUUGCGGCGUUGCCAUACAUUAAAAGCGCUUACAACUUACUUUACAGAAAAUUACUUGGAGACUUAGAAAAUGAAUGGAUCUCGACAGUACGUACUCGACUAAACGCAGAUGAGGAGGUACGCGGGCCAAGACGCCGUCGUGACUUCCAAGAUGAACCAGACAAUGCAGAGGUAGUCAUGGAGAUUGAGCUACAAAUGGGUGUUGGCGCUGGUAAUGAUGGACAGCGACCUGCCGGAGGGGGACAUGAUAAUGAAAAUGGCAUUCAAGCUCAUCAAAUCAUGGCACACCGUCAAGGUAAUAUGCUCCGCGAAACCACUAAUCUGGCGGACAUCAUACUUGGCGCCUUGAUUUUCCCAGCUAUCUCCGCUGGUAUGGGAGGGCUAUUGAAGUGGGCGCUCCCGAAAACAUGGACAACCCCUUCUCUGUACGAGAGAGGUAGGCCAUGGCUACUCCAGACGAGAUGGGGAAGAAGCGUUAUCGGUGGCUGCGCUUUCAUCCUUUUCAAGGAUGCCUUCUUACUUUACUGCCGAUACAAGCGUGCUUGCUUACAUACCCAGAGAGUAAUAUUGAAUUAUGACAAGAAGACAAAACGGCCAGUCCUCCCAUGA